UUUUUACAGGGAUCAUGGGAUGAUUGUCAAUUGGAAUGCAGCAAUUUCUCUGGUUGUUUAGAUUGUGGGACACCGUGUGCCAACUUCAUCGAUCACAAACCAGAGCUUUGUGCGUAUGCACCUAUGCCAGGUCAGAUAAACCUACAAUGGACAACAGAUUCUGAAAACAACAGUUCUGUAUACAUUCUUGAAAAGAGCCCAUUUGAUGACUCCACAGUAUGGCAUCUCGUACUAAUGACCAAGGAGAUAUCGUACACCCUAACACAGGAUUAUAUAUGUGGGGAUACAUAUAGUGUGGUGGAAGUCAGUCUGCAUGGAGUAAGCAGAUAUAGUAAUAGUUUUACUCCUUCAAGGACUCAGAUACUACCAUCUGUCGAAAGGUCUACAUUGGUACACAAUGUUGAUCAUAAUGAUGAUAAUGCAACCAUCACUUUUUCAUGGCAAGAUCCACCAGGUUGGGAUGAUGCUAUUACGUCGUAUACUGCAUUAUUUAGUUUCAACAAAGGGUUAUCAGGCUCUUCACACCAUCACCAUGAUUAUGAGAUUAAGGUAAAUGUAACCAGUGUAUCUCUCACUGUUCCCAUCAACAGUACGGAGGAUAAUCUAACAUUUCAGCUCUAUGGAACUCAUGGCUGUCUAGAAACAAUAAAGACCACCCAUUUUUUUAAGAAUGUCCUCAAAAGAAAAGAGCUCCGUGUAGUUAAGAAGCGACUGUCAGCCAUCAAUGUUACAGAAGUAGCCAGCUUGUCUUCUGAUGGGUUCUUCUAUGCUGAUAUCAAAUGGUCAUCCCUUCCAGACUUUCAUCAUGGUCUGCAAUACUACUAUCUUUACUAUGGAGAAAUGGAAAAGUUGGGGUCUUUCUUAUACUUCUACCUUCAAAACACCAAGAAAACAGUGAAAAUACUAGCCAAUGCAACAGAGUUCAGAAUGACAGACCUCAAACCAGAAACAGAGUAUGGCCUUGAGAUAAUUGGUUAUUAUUAUACCUACGAGGAUGAACACGAUGCUCGAUCUAUCGGUCGUCAUCCUAACAUUCGAUUCACUACAGGUGUUUUGCCGACAAUGUCUUCUACAAGAAUGCAUAACACAGAGGGGUCUUACGUUGUGACCAUCCCAUAUCCCCCAACAAGACUUCCCUUUCAUAAACUAAGCCUGUACAUUGUUGGACCGCUAGCCCUGGUCCUCAUCAUGGUUUUCCUGAUCUGCUGUGGAACCUGUGCAUACCGGAGACAGAGGAGUAUAUCCAAGGCUAAUCUAUCACGAGAUGAAGAGAGUAUACCUAAUAUAUACUCAUCACCUUCAUACCCGGCUUUACUUAGCACGUCUCAAGUCAAACCUGAUGUGAUGGACCGGUGGGAGAUCAGCCCUGCACGUAUCAAAGUAGGAGAUGUUCUGGGUGAGGGUGCCUUUGGUCAGGUGUUGAAGGGCCUGGUGGUCGGGCGUAUCUGGAGUCACCAAUCAUCCCUAUCUGCUAUCGUACCAAGGGAAGCAACCCACGGUGAACAUACUGUGGUUGCUGUCAAGAUGUUACAUAAGUUUGCAGAAGACACCCAAAAGCAGGAGUUCUUACGCGAGAUAGAGCUAAUGAAGGAGCUAGGCUACCAUCCUAAUGUAGUGAGUCUCCUGGGAUGUUGUACUAUCCAGGAUCCUAUAUGUCUCCUGGUGGAGCACUGCUAUUAUGGAGACCUAUUACAUUUCCUCAGGAUUAGACGUCCACAGAUGUUUGACCAAUUUAAGACGGGUAGAGCUCCUCGUACUCCUUGUAAAGAUACACUCAGGCCUCUAGAUUUGCUUUCAUUUGCCAGACAGAUUGCUAUGGGAAUGGAAUAUAUAUCUCAGAAAGGUUUCGUUCAUCGUGAUCUGGCUGCUAGGAAUGUGAUGGUAGCAGAUGAUAAAAACGUCAAGAUUGGUGAUUUUGGUCUAACACGGUAUGUUUACGAUGACAAGGUUUACGUCAAUCGUCGAGGAGGGAAGCUUCCUGUAAAGUGGAUGUCACUGGAAGCUAUCUAUGAUCAGAUCUUUACUACAAAGGGAGAUGUAUGGUCCUAUGGAGUUGUGUUGUUUGAGAUUGUGACACUUGGUGCUGCGCCAUAUCCAGGCAUCUCAAAUAAAGACAUGCCAAAACUUCUGAAAGGAGGCUACCGCAUGGAGAAACCUGAAAACUGCUCUCCACAAAUAUUCAGUCUAAUGGAGGCAACUUGGUGCGAUGACCCUGAACUCAGGCCAGGUUUCACAGAGCUUCGCAAUAAACUUGAAGAAAUGAUGGAAGAAAAUGUCUGUUAUAUGGAGUUUGAUGCUGAGAAACAGCAAUGCUACUGCUAUGAAGAUUCAAGCUCCGAUGAUGAUAGCGAGGAUUUAAACGUAGAAGAGAGCCCGAUGUUGGAAGCAGCCAAUGAGGAUACGGUACAAGAUAGCCUCUUAGCCACGCCCAUGCUGAAGAUCCCAACAGGAGUGGCACUACAGAGCCGAAGCACCCAGAAUCUUAGCUUGGUUAGUCCAUGCAAACGUAUGAUGCCUGUGAGUUUGAGUCUGACCAGUUUGAAUCACCAGAAACAAAUUCCACCAUCCUGGAUCCCACAGGACUUGUUUCCAUUCGGACGCAGUGUGGACAAUAGAGCGUAUUAUGCAGGACACCCCAAGACUGAUGAUCACAUUACCCAUAGUGCCAUUCAAAUACAGGAAACACAACAUGAUACGAAUCCCUACUCAGGAAUCACUGGAUCAUUAGAAAACAUGCACAGUAAUAAAGAGAAUCCAAUUUUGGCAGAGCUGAAUUUAGAAUGCCCUCAUCCUGUUGGCUUUCGACUAUUCAACAAUGAAUCAAACAAAGACAAGAGCAGUGAAAGUGUGGAAAGUAGCAAUGACUCCUGCCUGUGCGAUGAUAUAUCUGAUGAAGAGCGCCAUCACAUGAUUAAAGAUUUCAACCGCAGCGACACCUUUGAUACAUCAGACCUUUCCCCUGAUACUGACAAGUAUCCAUCUCUGAUAGCUCUCAAACGAUUCGCCGAGGGCAAGGUACUUAUUAGCCCAACUAGUUUGGAUUCUGGGGUAUCAUGUGACAUGACAACGGGGAGAUUACUUCUUGAAGGUUGUAGAGAGACAGUUUUGUGCUCAGAUGAAGAUUUAUCAGAAUAAUUUGAAACAAACAAUUCUCUUGCAUUCAAUUUUCAUCAUAUCUCUCAGUGUAGUCAUACAUAAUUAGUUCACGGUGUAAGAGCACUUCUUGAGUAUUAAUAUAUGUGCUAAAUCUAACACUGUUACAUGUCUUGACUCAUUUAGUACAUAUCAAAAUAUCAUGUACAUGAAUGUGUUUAUUGAUAAAUGAAAUUAUAUAUUUGAAUAAUCUGAUGUAGAAAACAAACACAAUAUUCAUAGGCAGCUGAUAGUUGGAGUGAAAAGUAUAGGAUAUAUAUUUUUUUCACUUGAAAGUGCAAUAUUAACUUGUAUUCCAUGAUAAGUGGUGUUGUAAUGAUUUCAAUCAUUACGUUAGCAAACAACUCAAAGAUUAUCUAAACAUAAGGAAAGUUGGAGUUACUGUAGCAUAUCUAGGACACAAAGGGGUAUGGUCCUCAGCCACCACUCCUGGAGGAAGUGAUUAAAAGCAACAUUACCAAAAAGAUAAGAAUCUUCAAAUCUUAAAGACAACAAAAGCAAUUCAUCGGUACCAAGUAUUAGUUGGAAGGGGCAUAAUUCAUUGCUAUCCUUUUCAUGCUAGAUAUUGGAAAUAGCGUGGUUAGAACACUUGCCUCAUGUAUCCCCCCCCCCUCCUAGAUAUGCCACUGUGCAGCUAGAAAACAAGCAUCUGCAAGUACUGCCUCAUCAGUAUUCAUAAAGAAAAGUAUUUUGGAAAUGUAUAAAGAUAUAUGGUAAAUUCAUUCUGAAAAUAAUCAGUGAAAAGAAUUCACGGAGCAUUUACAAUUGCCAUUCUCAAUCAGAAGAUGAUAUAUAAAGGGCAUCAAUUUGGUCUUAUUGAAUUGGCCUAUUUGUUUAUCUUAUCUUUUUAUGAAAAAUUGAUACUGAACUUAGAAUCAGUUGACAUAAGAAUUUUGCACUUCUGAAAAUAAUAUUUAAAAAAUAGACAAUUGGAAUGUUUUGGGUGUUUUUUAGAAAAUGAAGAAGUUGAAAUUAUUUCAAUGACAUUGCAUAGGUAGUAUUUUGUAAUCCAAUUUAAAAUGACUUAAGUAACAUAUUAUAUGUAAAUAUUCGCAUGAUAGAUUAUCUUAGAAAUUAGAAAAUACAUGAAUAUAAACUGCAGUCAGUGCAUUGAAUGCAAUUGUUGUGACUAAUCAAAUGGAUGUUCAUGACUUAUUUAAAUGGUUUUUUUUUCCAAAGCAUUCAUAUUUAAACAGUACUACAUGCGGGACUACAUGUUCGAAUCAAUUUCCAAAGGUUUAUUUCAACCUCCCUUUGACAUUCCUUGUUUGACCACAGAUGAUAAAAUCCAACUCUUUGUGCAAUUUUAAUUAAGGCAAUGCAAUCAUAAUUUGAUGUUCACACUGUGCAAUUUGUCUCCAUUUGCUGACCAACGUCAUUUGUAAGAUGCUGUUUUGUUCCAUAUUGAUUCUUGCCAUUUUCAAUUUCAAUUUGUUUACUUUUUCAUGUUGUACAUUACAUUACCAUCCAGAAGAAGACUUGGAUGUUAGUAUUUAUGUUUGUUUUAUAUACUUAUGGAGACGUAUGAUUGUUAAUGCAUUUUGAAUAUUAAAGAUAGAAUUAUGAAUAGAUUUUAGAGGCGACGAUGAAACCAACAGACAAAUAUAUUAAAGAAAAAAUUAUAUGAUAUUUCUUUGUUUGCAACUGUUAUAUACGACGGUCUACAUGAUAAGGAAAUGAUUUACAUCAAGAUACAAUUAGAGCAAUUAGCAUCAAAGAGGACAGUGGAAGUUUUUUUUUAUACAAGGUAUACAAUAUCUGAAGAGUUUGUAUGUAUAUAUCCAGAUUGAUUUGUAAUGAAACUAUGGUUUAUUUUUGCAGUAUUUAUACCAAGUUUUGAUAGUUAUUGAUGUAUGUAGUUUCCUUGUUGAUUUCUUCCAAUUUCAGUAUAGUGUUUGUCUGAAUGGUUCACCCUCGUUUAAGUUGAUUCAUAUAUAAUUAAAAUCAUGAUUUUGUGAUCGUUCUUUCUGUGUUCUAAUACAAGUUUAUGUACUUCCAGGUAAAUUUAGUAUUCUAGAUAUCUGUUCACUGUUUUGAGACAUUUGUCAAUAUUGUUUCCCAUGCAUUAAUUAUUUUUUUUUUUUUUUGCAUGAAGAGAAAUUGGUACCUGUGGUUGUCAUUUAAACUUACAUUUGUAUGAUUUUUUAUAUUGUCAGUUUUCACAAAAUAAUAUGGGUAAUGUUUUCCUGAAGAUGGUAUAUCCAUAAUAAUAAUAAUCAUUAUACUUUCUUAUAUAUUGCUUAGCACUAACUUUAUCAGAAGUCUCUAAACGCUCUACAGUUAAUGGAGCACAAUUACAAUUGCUUUAGCAGAGCAGCAGUUACACAUGCUGAAUUUCAAGGAAUAAAUUCCUACCCAGUACCCAUUCACUUCACCUGGGUUGAGUGCGGCACAAUGUGGGUAAAUUUCUUGCUGAAAGAAAACAUGCCAUGGCUUUGAAUCGAACCCACGGCCCUCAGAUUGAAAGAUAAGAGGCAUAAAGACUAGACCACGACACCACCCUUCUUUUGUAUGAGAGCAUGUCCUGAUUGUACAACUUUCCUGUGAAACCUGUAACAUUGAUUUUACACAAGAUAUGUCACCACAAUGCAUGCAUUCAUUAAUGAGAU